AGCACUAGAUUGUCCGGAAGCUCAUUCCUGGUGGUUUUUACAGCUGUUCCCUGACUAACAAAUAACAAAAUUCAGUUUCACAUUCCAUCUUACAUGCUGGAAAAGGUACAGAUUGGGUGCCCUCUACAUCCCCACCUUUCCCUGUCUGUAAUAUCCUUGGGUUUUAUGCUUGUUGAUCUACCCCACACACACCUUGUGUUGUCCCAGUUGGGCUCCAAGUCUUGUUCUUACCUGUUGUUGACGAAGAGACUCAGAGUUUCCUUUUUCUGCUUUCUCCUUUCACGGCUUCUGUCCCUGUUUGGUUUGGGUGUCAGCCAAAUGCUGGCAGUGAAGACAGUUCACAACUUGCCCCUCCUUUUCUGUCCAGAGCAGCUGUUUCAUCAAAUAUUCUCCCGAAAUCCUUUGUGAUACCCUGACACAGUGAGUGAUGUGAGCUCUGAGCAAGGGCAAAGUCUCCUUGAGGUGCUAUUACACUCAGUCUCACCAGUUUGUGCAAAAAAUUGGGUUUUCAGAGGUAAAUUUGGAUGUUUUCUUACAGCUGAAGAGGUGUUUUACCUGUCYAAGCUUCAUGAACAAAAUGUUUUUCCAGCCUCCUGAAGCGAUUUACACCGUCAAACUAAAGCCUCAUCAGUGUUUGGUAGUUCUGAGUAUUUUAAAAUGAGGUCUUGUUGCAGGAAGCAGAAGUGUWUGUGCCCUUAGAAGCUUCAUCUGUGUUAUUUAAAGGAGAUACCUGGCCCAAGGAUCAGGUCAGUCCUCAAAACUGUGCAGUUCACACUAUGUGGAAUUUGGAURCUUCUGGAAGAUGCUGAAGCCCUGGUCAGGGUUACAGGGUUGAAAAGAGAACCACCUGUGAGUUUUACCUUAAAAGUAUGCUUUAAAAAAAACCUGAUUGCUGUGGGAGCUUUGCUGCCUUUUGAAUCUUGGGGUGGGUACAAGGAGCAGAUGCUGCUGCAAGAUCAAAUGUAUUAAUAAUGCUAUAAUAAAAAAGUUCCACUUCAGAGCCGCUUCUUAAACCACUUUCUAGAGAAACCGCCACCGAUUCCAUGGUCAGAGGGAAGGCCGUGACUGAUGAGCCAGAUGAUGCCUGCUGGAAGCGAGGUCUAUUCUGCGCUUCAGUGGAUCCAGUUCACUAUGGCCAUGCUCAGCGUUGUAGGUUCCAGCUCAAUUAUUGCCUAUGCCAUCUUCCAAAACGCAGUGCGGUCCCCCGAGGUGCGUCCACUUUUCUACCUGAGCCUCUCAGACCUGUUCUUGGGCAUGUGCUGGCUGGCUGGGGCCCUGCUCUACAGCUCACCCACCUCCCAGCAGGACCUCAUCUGCUACAACCUGCAGGCCACGGGMCAGAUAUUCUACGUGGCCUCUUUUCUCUACACUGUCAACUACACGUGGCACCUGUACACAGACCUCAAGGUGAAAUACAACCAGAACCUCUUCAGGGUGCCCCCCCAGGUUGUAGAUUAUGCAAGUUGUGUUGGCCGAAUAGCAACAAUCUUGUCAAGCCUGAUCCCUUUCCUCCUYAUGGUGCCAGUGUUUUGCCUGGGCAACAGCAGUAACUGCUACCAGAACUUCAGCCAGAAGCACGGGUGUCUCCUGAUGCACACGGAGAUGGCCGAGCCCACCAACGAGCCCCAGAGCCUGAGCGGCUCCGUUUGCCGCGCGAUGCAUUUCUACGGCAUCGGGGUCUUCCUCAUCUCCUUCCUCAUCAGCUUCGUAGCCAUCCUGGUUAUCCUCAGCCAGGCCCGAGGUCUGUACAAAAGGUUUGUGAACUCCACAGGAUUCCUGGGGGAUCAGCAGUGGGCCAUGAUUAAGAUGGUGGAACAACGGGUGGUUUUCUACCCCGUCGCCUUCUUCUGCUGCUGGGCCCCGGCUGUCCUCCUUGGAAUGCUGAAGCUGACUGCUUCAAUAACCAGCAAAAUCUACAUGGCUCUGCUGAUCCUGCAGGCUCUCACAGCGGCUUCCCAGGGGCUCCUGAACUGCCUGGUGUACGGCUGGACCCAGCACGUGUUCCUGUCGCUGAAGCGCGGCUCCCGGCGGGACGUGGACACCCAGACCCCGCUCCUGCGCUCCCAGAAGAAGUUCUACUCCAGCACGGCCCCCGCCGGCCCGCCCGACACCGAGGGCUCCUCCUCCACGCUGCUCUGAUGCAGCCCUGCCUGGAAGGGGAGAGGCAGAAUCCUUCCCAUUCCUCGUCAUGCAGAGCUGGGAUCGAACUUAACUUCGGGCAGAACAGCCGGAGCCCCAGCAGGGCUGGCAGUCAGGCGCUUAUUGGACAUAGUUAUUUAUUUUAUGGACUCUAAAGGGAUUCUUUCAACAUGGUAAAUCUUUAGUCCAGACUUUCUCCUCCUGGAAAUAUCCCUAGAAAAGCAGCAAACCCCAUGUCAAGCCUCACAGACCUGGUUCAGCUCCUUUGGAGGAUUGAUGAUUUUUUACUUGGUUUUAUUUCUCCAAGUCUUUGCCUUUACAAAUUAACAGUAAAGCAAAAYGAGUAUUUUUCAAUUUCUGCCUUUUAAUUCACUCUGACCGUGACAACGUGCACCACCCUGAAAGCCAACUGCAUGGAGUGAAGAAUUGCAAAACAGGACAAAAACAUCCGUGUUCUUCUAUSCCUGGAAUUUUUGCACAUUUCCCUUCUUCCUGCCAACUCCUGCUCCAUCACAAUAGUCCCAAAAAUCAGCUGCUUCCACCAUAUGGAGCAUCUCUCAUGAACCAGGURAGCAGGACUUGGUCUGAAUCUCUCUUUAUAAUUCCAGAUGUUCAAGUGAUUUUUUUUUUACUGAGGUCACACCUUUCUACAGAAAAUAAACCAGAUCUUAAACUGCA